UGUUUGGUAAGGUUCACACUGCUCGAAGUAGAAAGCAUCAGUCCAUUUCGAUUCCAAUAUUUUAGUGCGAGCCACAGGGCUGAGCUGACGUUGUGGGUUGCCGUGUAACCGCAGACGCCAGCGAAGAGAUCGAUGGAACAACCUAACCCGCUUUUGAUGGGCAGUGUCUUGAGCCAAUGGUGUCGCGCCUUUACAUCGCGCAUCUAAUCAGGGGCAAGAGGGAGCUGUCUUACCAGCCCUGAAGACUAGAAGAUAGAGAACGGGUGGAAAGAUGCUCCAAGGAAAGGAAAGGAAAGGAAACGUCACUUAUCAAUAAAAUAUAGUGGAAAGCAAGGGAUAUAAUUAAAUUUAAAAAAACGGGUUCGUCAAAUGGAUACUCAAGAAGUGGAUAUUGUCGCAAAAAGAAGCCGAGAAAACGCUGAGCAGCAUUUGCAUGGAAAAGACUGAAUCUGAUACGAGCUUGGGACAGGUUGGAAUAACGUUGUGGAGCAUUGCAUUGCUUUCUAGUUGUAACGUUGGGUAGGUUAUAGCCAUGUCCUGUGAGGAAAAUGGUCUGCAUAACGGUGCAAUGUGUGGUUGAUUAGCGAGCCGGAUAUUUACCCGUGAUUUACAAAAUAAAAACACGCACAUAUAUCCGACAUCCAUUGAGUGUAGAAAUUUGUGAAGUAUUUGAAGAGAACUAUUCUGAAAGUGUGGAAAAUAGAGAAUUAGCCGUUGCUUUGGAAAGCAUAGACAGGAGGGGGACGUGCUUGGAAAUAAAAUAUAGCUAGCAUGUCAAAAUGAUCGCAGUGCGUGAACCACUGAUUGCCACUGUGUUUAUAGUGGUUCUCUUUAACUUCAGCUAGCGUAUAUGUGGUUACACGAAUACAUCUAGCUAGCUGCCGUAUGCAUUUCGAAGAUUUUUUUUGUUGGAAGCUAACAAUAGCUAGUAAUGUUGGGGUAUUUGCCGGUCGGGCUAGAUAGUUUGCUGGCGAAGUGAUCAGCUAAAAUAUAAUUUUCACGUGUUGCAAUAUAAAAUGAACAUGCACGUUUUCCUUUGUAACCAUAAAAAAGCACAAAGGGGUCAGGACGUCUGAGUUUUCUGUGCCUAGAGUUAACGUUGCCUGAGCUAACCAACGUUAGCUAGGUAACGGUAAGCUUUCUCCUGCGCUCCAUGAGCUGAAUCGGCUAUCGGCAUGUAUUUUCUAGCUAGCUAGUUAGCUACCAAGAAAUAACUUGGUCGUCUAUUUGAAUUGUACUAGGGAAAGUAGUUUUAUAGGUUCGAAGCCAGUAUAUUGCUAGUCAAUAGCCAGUGUGUAGGCAACAAGCUGAUGGGCGACGUAGUUAAUGUUUUAUUUAUUUAUUAUUUAUGUUUGUUCUUACGAAUUCUUGUUUCAAAACCACCGAAUUUUGAUGGACAUCCGUAGAAUUGAAUCCGCUCGUUUUUUGGCGAAAAACACAACCAAGAACCCGGAAAAGGAAUAUCCUUGAAUUUGAUAUAAAUGUCAUGUAGAUACCGCUGGCUACAAGAUCCUAGCUGUCGUUAGCCAGCUUGCUAUUGCGCGUGGAUAGCUUAUAAAACAUACUCGCAAAUAAGAUUAACGGUUUUGAUAACGCAAGGCUGGCUAGAUAGCGAGGAUACCCGCAUGUUUUAGAAACAGGCUACACUAUUUAAAAAAUAUAUUUAUGUUUUUUUUAUGAGCUACCGACAAUAAGCCGCCCCUGGAGCAUUUGUUUAAAUCGUGGGAAAUGAAAGGAGGGACACACUGACUGAGGGAAACACCUGCAUAAACCUGAAUUCUUUCUGCUGCUUUGAGGUGACCACUGGGAUUAAUUUUGCAGUUGCAUUCAGAUAAAAUGUCAUGAUUUUUAUGCAAUGGAGAUGACCACGGAUUCGAAGGUGUUCCCCAGGACCCCACUGCGUCGUCGAUGCUGUUACGCGCUGCUUAUACUGGGAUCUAUGGUGCUAGUUUCUAUGACGACAGCAAGCCCCCCACAAACAGACGCGCGUCCUCUGGCUGCGGGCGAGCCUGAGGGGGCUGUCGCCACGGCGCUAAGGACAGAGGCUCCCAUUGGCUCGGCACAGGCCGGCGGUCCCACGCUUGCCGAUCUGGGCCCGUCUCCGUCUCAGCGCGCCGAAGCCCCCUCCGCAGGCCCUCUCCCCGCCCCUCCCCUGGGCUCCGCAGGCUCGGAGGGGCGGCCCGGGGGUUCUCCCGAAACCCCCUUGGGACGCACGUGGACCCCGCACCCGAACCCGAGUUUGCCCGCCCCCCGGGACGCCCCGUCGUCCGGUCCGGAUUCGGCGGCAGCCGCGGGACGCCCUCCCGACGCGCCCGCGGCUAAUUUCGGCACCCCUCCCUCGCGCACCGCCCGCUCGGCGGCCACGCCUCCCCCGCUGACCCCCGGCGGCGGCCAGCGCGGCACGGUAACGUCAGCUCCGCCCAGAGAAGGUGCCGGAACCGAGGAGAGCGCCGGCCACGCCUCUCCCGGGACAGCGGGAGGGCCCCUUCCCGUCGACGACCCCGCCCUCAGCGACGCCGCUCACGGCAUCCACCUGCUCCUGAACCCGCCGGAGGUGCCGGCCCCGAGCCCGGGGCCCUUCGCCGGGCCGCCGCCCCGCGCCACCGGCCGGCCCGCGCCCGCUCCCGGGCCCACCCUGGCCCCCGAGCCGGAGGAGCUCCGCCCGAGCCGCGCCUCGGAGGACGACGACUGGGGCUCCGGCGACUACCUGGAGACCAUGUCCUUCCCGGGGGGCCCCGAGGGGGAGGAGUUCCCCCCGGCCACCAGCCUGCCGGCCGACGCCUACGACCAGGAGGACUGGAGCACCGAGGCUUACGACACGUCCUUCCCCACCCGGGCCGUCCCGCCCCUCUCCUCCCUGCGUGUCUCCGCCUCCCCCCCCGCCUUCACCGCGUCCCACGGCCGCCCCCCUCCUCCUCCUCCUUCGGUCGCGCCCCGGGGCGGUCCGGACGAGGGCUCGGAGCCGGACUGGCCCGACGCCUACACGGCGGAGCCCACCGAGGUCCUCCUGCCGGACAUGAACAGCCUGGAGUACUACACCACGCUGCUGGCCAAGGAGAACGCCAGCGCCGCCCGGCGCAACCUCACGUCCCCCUGGCCCGCCCCGCCCCGGCCGCCGCCGCCGUCGUCGUCGUCCCCGCCGACCCCUCACAUCCGGCCCACCGGCUCCCUGGGGCUCGCCGCGCCGACCGCCUCGGCCAACGGCUCCGGGGGGGCGGAGGAGGAGUCCUCCUGGGAUGAUUCGGGCUCGGGGGCCCCCGCCAGGCCGGUCCCGAACGGGUCGGAGCCGGCGCUGGAGCCCUCGGUGGCGCCCGCGCCCUCCAUGACGCUCUCCGCCUCUCUCUGGGGAGGUCAGGUCUCCGCGGCGCCGACGCCGUCGCCCGGGGAGACCGGCAGCUCCACCUCGGUCCGCCCCGCCGCCUCCUCCCCGGACGGCGGGUGGAUCAUCUCCCCCACCUCCGUGGAGACGGACCUCCGCCCCACGGCGAGCGUCGCCACCCACGCCACGCCGGCGCUGGGGGCCUCCUCCCUGUCCCCCGCCGGCGCCAGCUCCCCCCCUGCCUCGGGGGCCACCACGACGGGCGCCGACCGCCCCGGCGGGACCGCGGGCAAAAACGCCGAAACUCCCUCCGCCUCGUCUCCCGGCAGAACCACCCCGCUGACGACCACCACCGGCGGGCCUUCAGUUGUGACCCCCAAGGCCCCCCUGUCCUCACCGCCUCGCCAGUACCUCUGCAACGUCACCAAACUCGAGACGUACUCGGUCAAAGUGGACCUUCCCCCGGGGUCCACCGUGGGCUUCGCCAAGGCGCUCAUCCGGGAGGUCCUGAAGGGGGAAUUCAACCGGUCCGUGGAGCUGCAGGUUCUGAAAUCUCCGUCGGACUUUGUCUUCCGUGCGGUGUCGGGUUCCGUGGUCUAUACGGCGAUCGCGGUCAUCAACGCCAUCCGCCAGUCCGCCCGGAUUUCCUCCGCUGGCCUGGCGGCCAUGCCUGUAGUCGCCGUGCCGGACUACAAGUUCCAGGUUCACUCAGUGCUGCAGUUCGUGCCCAGCCACGUGGACGUGCGCGUCUGCAGCUUCGGCGAGCGCGUGGAGAGGGGCCUGACCAUGGCCUACGCCGAAGUGCGCCGGCGCUCCAACGAGUCCACCAACUUCAGCGUGCACAUCUUGAACGUCACGACGAGCGUGCCCAGGGCCCAGCGCCAGCAGAGGGCGCCGGUGGACAUCACCUUCGCCGUGCGGGACGGCGGAGGCGGCGGCGGCGACUACCUGAGGGGCUCGGACGUGAGCGCCCACCUGCGGCUGCUCAACAUGGUGGAGUUCAGCUUCUACCUGGGCUUCCCCGUGCUGCAGAUCGCCGAGCCGUUCCACUACCCGGAGCUGAACGUGACCCAGUUGCUGAGGUCAUCGUGGGUCAGGACAGUAUUGCUGGGCGUGCUGGACCAGCGGGUGAACGAGCGCACCUUCCAGGCCAAGAUGGAGCGGCGCCUGGCCCAGCUGCUGGGGGAGGUGCUGGGGCUGGCGCGGCGCUGGAAGAGGGCCACCAGCGUGGGGAACAACAGCGUGCAGAUUGUGCGGACGUCCCGGCUGGAGGGCCCGGACUACCCCCUGGAGAUGGUGUACUUCGUGGAGGGCCCGGGCGGGGAGAGGGUCCCGGCCGUCGCCACCUCCGCCAUGCUCAACCAGCUGGACGUGCAGAGGGCCGCCAUCGUCCUGGGCUACCGCGUGCAGGGCGUGCUGGCGCAGCCCGUGGAGAAGCUGGCCGCCCCUCCCUCCGAGACCCAGAGCAACAACAUGUGGAUCAUCGUGGGCGUGGUCGUGCCCGUGCUGGUGGUGGUCAUCAUCAUCAUCAUCCUCUACUGGAAGAUGUGCCGCACGGACAAGCUGGAGUUCCAGCCGGACGCCAUGGCGACCGUUCAGCAGAGGCAGAAGCUCCAGGCCCCCAGUGUAAAAGGCUUCGACUUCGCCAAGCUGCACCUGGGCCAGCACAGCAAAGACGACAUCAUGGUGAUCCAGGAGCCCGCCCCCCUCCCGGCGCCCGUCAAGGAGGUGACGCCGUCGGAGAACGGGGACGUGCCCACCCCCAAAUCCAAGACCUCCUCCACCAAGGCGUCCCGGGCAGCACGUCGCAGAGGGAGGAUCUCCCCGUCGGACGGCGACUCCUUGGCGAGCGACCCUUCCAGCGGGAGGGAGUCGACCGAGGAGAACCUGAGAGCGCCCGCCCCGCCCGGCGAGGGGAAGCAGGCCCGCAAAAACGCCAAGAACGGGAAGAAUAAAAUUGGACCCCCGCCGGCGAACGGGGCGGACGAGCAGCUCUCCUCCGCCUCCAUCUUCGAGCACGUGGACCGGAUGACGCGCUCGGGCGACGGCACCCGCCGCGCGGCCAACAAGAUCCAGCUGAUCGCCAUGCAGCCCAUGCCGGCGCCGCCCCAGCACAGCCCCGCCGUCACCGAGCGGGUGUCCGAGAGCGCCAAGAUCAACAAGGAGAUCCAGGUGGCGCUGCGGCACAAGUCGGAGAUCGAGCACCACCGCAACAAGAUCCGUCUGCGGGCCAAGCGCCGGGGCCACUACGACUUCCCCGCCAUGGACGACAUCAUGGACUCCUUCGGCGACCUCAAGGACCCCGAGCAGAUCUACCAGAAGGCCCAGAUGCAGAUCGACAAGAUCCUGGACCCGGACGCCCACGUGCCCUCCAUCUUCAUGGAGCCGCGCAAGAGCGCCAGGGGGAGGCGGUCCCCCAAGCAGAGGAAGAAGCCGCAGGUGAACGGCACGGCGGUGGAGGACAAGGACCGGCUCAUCACCACCGACAGCGACGGCACCUACAGGAAGUACCCCGGAGUCAACAACGUGGCCUACGUGUCGGACCCCGACCAGCUCCCCGAGAUCCGGAGCCCCUCCCCGAACGACGACGUGUUCCUGGGCCCGGGGUCCCCGCCCCCGGGCCCGGCCCCGCCCCCGCCCCCCUACGUGCCCCCCCAGCCCUCCAUCGAGGAGGCGCGGCAGCAGAUGCACUCCCUGCUGGACGACGCCUUCGCCCUGGUCUCCCCCUCCUCGCAGGGGAGCACGCCCGGCAUCAACCUGCCCAGCUCCAGCCCCCCGGCCCGCACCCCCCGGGCCCCGCCCAGCGGCCAGUGGGGCUCCUCCCACCCCUCCGCCCCCGCCCUCAGCCCCUUCUCUGCGAGAUACGCCGAGCUCGGCAUGUCCCCGCCCUCGGUCCAAAGCCUAUUGCAGCGUCAAGGCCUUGGUUCGGGGUACCCCCCCUCGGCCGAGCCGGGGGGGCGCGGGGACCAGCUGCAGCCGGAGGCCCUCUACUCCAACAGGGCGGCGUACCCCGAGGAGCUGCCCUCGUCCGCCAGACCCCGGCCAGUAGGGGGCACCACAGGCGCCCAGCUUCAUCACCUGACGCAGGUGGGCCUGUCCAGCCGGAUUAGCGCGUACCCUGGGGCGGGCCGAGCCUCCUCGGCUCAGACGGGCGCCUCCGUCUGGGGACCUUACCGCGCCGACGAGGAGUACAGCAGAUCUGCUCCCGUUAGGGACACUGUGCUGUGUUCUCCAGACAGCUCGGCUCCCUCCCUGUUCCAGAUGCCCCGGACGGCGCUGAGGGAGCCCUCGGCCCCCCCGGCCCACCUGGACGCGCCCGGGACGGGGUACCCCUCCGCCCCUCCGGAGGAGAACUCCCCGCCCAGCCACUCCUCCGCCUCCCUCAUCAAGGCCAUCCGGGAGGAGCUGAUGCGCCUCUCCCAGAAACAGGCCGCCGUGCCCAACUACCACGGCUGAACCCUAACCCACCCCCCUCCAACCCCCACCACCACCACCACCACCGUCCCACAGAACAGCACUUCC